AUGAACGACCGUUCAUGGCCAUUAUCUACAUGUCUUUCUUAUAUUAACAAAUUGGAAACUUCAGAAGAUUAUGAAAAUUUAUUAGAGUUUGAUGAAACUUUACUGACUGUUAAAGAAGAAGCCCUUGAUGUGUUGAAAGAAAUUGAGGAAUCACUAAAGAAUUUGCGUAAGAAUGAUAACCAAAAGAGGGACCAAUUAGAUUGUUUCAAAUUGUUAUUCUCCAUGAUAUUGAUACAAUUUUACAUGGGUGAUGAAGAAGCUGUUACCGUUCUUGAUGAAUUAAAAAUGUGCUAUAAUAACUUCUUUAAGGAAGAAAAAAAGGAUACUGAUUCCUCCGUAUUUUUAACUGAAAUAAUUUUAUCAUUUACUUCACGUAAAGCUACUUUACUGAAGAGACUUUCUUCGAUUGCCUGGGAAUCCUUCUUGUGCUCUAAGGAUCAAGCUGGUAAAGUAAAAUUGAAUGAGGAAUGCUUGCAGUUAUUAUUUGAUGUUUUAGAAGCUAGAGAAAACAAGGAAGGCCAACAGAAACUAUUUGAAGGCGAAGAUGAAUUCGAAGCCGUUGGUGAUGAGAAUGAUUCGCAGGGCUCAUCAGAUGGCGAAGAAAGUGAUAAAAGUGACAACGAAGAUUCAGAAACCAGUGAUAGCGAUAGCGACAGUGAAGCUGAAAGUGAUGAGGAAUCUAGUGGUGCUAAUAAAUCAAAUGAUGCGCUUUCAGAGGUUGAUAAGCAAACAAACUUGAAGUUGGCACAAGCAUUAGGUAUUCCUACUGAAUCUUCGGGUGAAGUCAAGUUUGAAGAUUUAAGCUCGCUGGAAGAAAACGAUGACGAUUCGUCGUAUCAGUCAGACUCAAUGGAUGAUGAAGAAAUGAUGGCAAUGGACGAUCAAUUAUCCAAAAUUUUCAAGGAAAGACACAAUGCGAUGGCCAGUGUGACAACAGGUAAUAAGAGAAAGGCCGAAGUCAUUGAGGCUAAGGAACAGAUGGUCUUCUUUAAGAAUCGUAUCUUGGAUCUUUUGGAAUUGUUCAACAAAAACCAGCCUACCUCCUACCUAAACUUGUCCAUGAUAAAACCUUUGAUUAUAUUAAUUAACUUGACCAUGGACAAGAACUUGGGGGUCAAAGCGCACAAGUUGUUGAAAACAAAAUUGAGCAAGACGAAGUUGACUAUUGAUGAGUUGAAAUUAAACUUCCCAUCCAAACCAGAGCAAUCUAACUAUAAGGAAUCAUUGAUGAGUCUUAUUGAAUGGUUACAGGAGGAAGCUGAUUCAAAUAAGUCCUCCAACCAAGCACAUUCGCUAGCUUGUAGCCAAUCCUGUAUCAUUGUGGCCAAGAGCUUAAUCUUAGUGGACGAGCUGUACUUGGACAAAAUUAUUGAUUUAUACGCCCACACUUUGAAGAGCUGGGUGAAAAAACCUAAUAGUAAAAUCCAGGCUUCGAUGUUUUUUGAUUUUAUCAACUGGUUGAACUCUAAAAGAGGUAAUUAG